GAUUGUCUGAAAUACAAUGCUUGCAGCACAAUGGAAUCGCUUUCUGUUUAUCACGGUGCCAUCAGCCGAGAAAUGUGUGAGAUGCGUCUGAAUGAAGCGGGCAAAGAUGGGAGCUAUUUAAUACGGGACAGCGAGAGCGUUCCGGGCGCAUACUGCCUCUGUGUUCUGUGUCAAGGUUUUGUCUACACAUACCGGCUUCAAAAAGAUUCAGCGGGCUCCUGGGCAGCUGAGACAGCUCCAGGACAGACUAAACGCUUGUUCCGCAAGGUCAAGAAUUUGAUAAGUGCUUUUGAGAAACCAGGCCAGGGCAUCGCCAUUCCUCUCCUCUACCCCGUAACCAUCCAGAAGUCCUACUAGAAUGCUCUUCAUCACAAGCAAACUGAAAACAUGUGGACAAUUUCAAUGUAUGGUCACUUUUAUACCCUUUCACAAGCACACAUCCGGAUUUGUAUAUAUCAAAGGAUUUGUAUAAAGGGGAAAACAAAAGCCUCAUUUUGUAGAGAUUGUUUUAAUAUGCAAAAUUGACAAAGCGUCAUGGGAUAUGUGUUGAAUACUGACUCAAUGGAUUUUUAGUACACUAUUUUUAAACCAUUUUAAACCUGUUAUGUGAUUAUCUGGGUAAUUGGUAUUUCUAAACCUACCUAAAGUGCUGUGUUAUUUCAGCCUCAGUGAGUUUUCCAAUUUCUCAUGUGUCAUUU